AUGUUGCAGCCCGCACGCGUGAUGACGAUGGUGAAUAGAAGAGACGUUCUGGUGCUUCACCACCAGGGGGCGUUUUAUGCCCUGGAUGUGCGUUGCUACCAUUCUGGAGGUCCUUUAUCUUCCAAGGAGUUUAAUGGGCAUCUGUGCAUCGUUUGCCCGAGGCACAAGCACAAGAUCACGCUAGCAGAGGGUGAGGGCGUGUACCCUCACCAGGUCACGGAGGUGCAUGGGGACGUGUUCCUCACGCUGGAUGUCUCACCAGUACCUGCUGAAUCUGACCGCUGCCAGUCCGACAAACACAAGGCUAUGUCGAGUCAAGGAGCUUCCAGGAAAAGGAAGUGACAUCACAAGAAAACGCGUGGUUAAACAAGACACCACGCGAUAAAACAUGGCGCACACCUCUGAGAGGUGCAGGAGACAGAUGUCGCCAAACAGACCAUUGCCUCAGUUCACAGCUGCGUGAGACCUCAGACAAAAACUCUUGAUUGUGCUGUACCAUACUGGGGAAGGACUUGCCUCUAUCACCUGCACCUAGGGCUGCAGGUGUGAGACAGAACCAGAACCUAAAGACAUUGCACGCAGGGAAAUACUAUCGGCUGUGUCGACUGAAUGGAUCUCGUGAAAUUUGCCUUCUAAUAAACAGUCAGUGCUG